AUGUUUAACCGCACUGGAGAUCUCGAGGUUUUGAACAAUGCGAUUGAGCUUCAAGAACAAGCUACCCAGAUUACCCAAGACGAGGACGUACCAAUCUUGCAUAUGUUGGAAUUUCUUGGCGCCAUGUUUGCUUCUCGUUUCCAGAGAACUGGAUCGAUUGGAGAUCUCAACCGUGCCAUAGAGCUCACUCGUCUGAAAGUCGACUCGGACCUGGGUUCCUCGACGACAUUGCUGGGUAACUUUGGAGCCAUGUUAGGCGAGCGCUUCUCACGAACCGGCUCCGCUGAUGACCUUGGCUCUGCCUUGACGUAUCUCACUGAGGCAAGCAAAAAGGAAUUCCAAAUUGGCCAGAUUGAUAUUUCGACGUUGAUAAAUCUCGGAAUGAAUCUCGGCAGACGGUUUGAACAGACAGGUUCCAGGGAGGAUCUUGACCGUGCUAUCGGGGCCUUCAGCUCGGCAGUAGACCUCUUCCCUGAGGAUCGUUCUGAGCGACCUCUUGCUCAAGCAAGCCUUGGGACUUGGCUCUGCACACGGUACGAGUCGACCGGCUCGAUGGAGGAUCUCAACCGGUCGAUUGAGCUUCUCAGUUCGGCCGUCGACGCUGGGCCUCAAGCAUCCUAUCAAGUGGACGUAGGGGGGAGGGCGCACCUUGGGAAUGCCCUUGGCAGACGAUUUGAAAGAACCGGUUCCUUGAGUGAUCUCGACCGUGCCAUCGAGGUCUUUCAGCAGGCGCUGGAUUACCUGCCCCUGGAAGACCCAUCAAGGCGCGCUGCUUGCCUUGGAGAUCUUGCAACAUGGCUCGGUAGACGAACAGGUUCUAUUGAUGAUCUGAAUCUUGCUAUCGAGAAGCUCACUCUAGCUGUGAAAACGAUCACCCCAGGAGAUCCUGACGAGAAUGCCAAUUACGCCAAUUUGGGAACCUGGCUCACGAAACGAUUUCAGGUGGUCGGCUCAAUCGAUGAUCUUAACCGAGCCAUCGAUUAUUUCGGCCUCGCAGUGCAGAAGAUACCUCGCCAGCAUCUCCAUUAUUGUCAAUUGUCGUUCGAAUUUGGACGGGCUCUUCUCCUUCGAUACAGAGUGACAGAAUCAGCGGUUGAUCACGACCGCGCGCUGAACUCCUUUCAAAAUGGCUGGAUGUGUCGGAACGCAUCCCCAUACAAUCGACUUUUAUCGGCCCAUUGCGCCCGUCAAAUCCUCACUGCGUCAGAGAAAUGGCAAGAAGCAAGUGAGUUGAUGCAGGGGGCGAUGGAGUUACUCCCCAACAUAAGCCCACGUACAUUGCAGCACUCGGACAAACAAUAUCGACUUGCCGAAUUUUCCGGCUCUGCUUCUACAGCGGCGGCGAUCUGCCUCCACGCGGGAAAAGAGCCAUAUCACGCUUUGAAGCUCCUGGAUCUUGGUCGGGACAUUAUUGCCGGCCUUCUGAUGGAGAUGCGCGGUGAUAUCUCCGACCUUGAGCAACAACACCCCACUCUGGCCCGGGAUUUCCUUUCCCUUCGAGACAUACUGGACUCGCCGAGGGGACGGAUUGGUGAUUUCCCUUCGGUCCGCGGGGUGCAAAACCUAGAAUCAGAAGCAAGACAUCUUCGUGAAGCAGACGAGAGAAUGAAGACUCUGAUUGAAACGAUCCGUGCGCAGCCACAGUUCCACAAUUUUCUUCUUCCACCCACUGCAGGCGAAAUGAUAGCCGCAGCAGACCCUGACCCCAUGGUGGUGAUCAAUGUGAGCGGGCGCUGCGAUGCCUUCCUCAUCGAUCGCAACCAAAUUCGAGUUCUGAAUCUACCGCUUUUGCGACAAGGUGAGGUGUCCGAGUGGGUCGUACGACUGAGAUCCUCCCCUUCCUCGAUAGCGCCAUUGCUCGAGUGGCUGUGGGAUACCAUUGCUCACCCAGUCCUCGAGGCUCUGGGGUUCACUGACCCCGUUUCUGACGGUCACUGGCCGCGUGUAUGGUGGAUUCCCACCGGGCUACUUGGUAGCCUCCCUCUCCAUGCAGCAGGGUAUCACCAGAAACGAUCGGGGGAGACCGUCCUAGACCGAGUCAUGUCAUCGUACGCCUCUUCUGUCAAGGCGUUGAUCUAUUCGCGGCAACGGCAUCGCUCCCUGCCAUCCGGGCAUCUAUCUGACCAUGCUGUUCUUGCUGCUAUGCGACAGACCCCAGGGCUACCCGUCAAUGGCGUUUUACCGUUCGCCGCACACGAGGUUGAGAUGCUCGAGAAUCUCUGCCCAUCACUUCACCUCGCCCCGGUCCGACCGACUCUGCGAAAGGCCGAUGUUCUCGCCAGCCUGAAGCAGUGUAAACUCUUCCAUUUCGCAGGACACGGGCAUUCCGACCCCGUUGACCCAUCCCGGAGCCACCUCCUCCUCACUGACUGGGACACCGAUCCGCUGACCGUGGGCGACCUGCGCGAUAGCAAGCUUCAAGAGAAUCCUCCCUUCCUGGCAUAUCUCUCCGCCUGCUCGACAGGGAUGAACAGAGUGAACCAGCUUACCGAUGAGGGAAUCCACCUCAUCAGUGCUUUCCAGCUGGCGGGCUUCCGACAUGUGGUUGGCACCUUGUGGGAGGUAUCGGACCAACACUGUGUGUCGGUGGCAAAGGUUCUCUACGAAACCCUUCGUGACGAGGGAAUGACAGACAUUGCGGUAGUCAGAGGGCUCCAUAAUGCAGUGAAAGCUCUCCGUGAUGCAGACCUUGGGCCAGUGCGAGACUCGCGAGAUGCAGAACCGCUGGAUGAGGAUGGGGGACCGAAACAGGAAAAUAACUUUGCAACUUACUACUGGGUCCCUUACAUACACUUUGGUAUCUAG